AUUCGACAGGGUUAUGUCUCUGUUGUGAUUCACCAUUGGAAACUGGGACAGUUUUGUGUGCAGCUUUGAAUUGACACCUUUGAUAUACUCUCCAAUUCUUAGUUUUUUAAAUGAUCUAAAUUUUUUCAGCUGUCAUUAUUGAACUGACAUUAGUUAUUUUCCCUUAAUUUUCCUUGGUUAUUUGGAGUAGAGCAGAAGAUGUCUUGUCAUGGGUGCUACACAAAAUUUGGUCUGUGGACAAAAGAGAAUGGUUGUCCUGCUUGUGGGUUUGGCUACUGCAGCUCUUGUCUGAAAAAUAAAUGUGCUGUUCCAAAAUUAGACAACAAAGUCUGCAAAGUUUGCAAAAACUGUUACCAAACCUUGUCGGUUGAACAUGAAGCUGGGAGCAAUAUGGAAGGUCAAAGGGCACCACCAGAUGUGUUUCUGAAGAGACUGGAAGCCUUGGACUCUUCAUUUAAACCACCUGUCACCAUAUACCGAUCUGAGCCACGGAUGCAAAAGUUAAUGAAAGGUUUGAGUAGUACUGAUUUAGAAAUUGUAAGACGCUUAGAAAAAUUGAGAGAAGAGAGGCAAGUCAAAGAUGUCCCAUCAGAAGAUGACAUUGCUCGACGAUUGGCCCUCUUGAGAGGACAGGAUAUUGAUCAACCUUCAAAUAAGCCUACUCGUGCUUAUUUUGCUCCUGAUACACGAUCUGGGGAGCAAAUGACCCAGGAUCUUUUUACUCAAUGUAGAGAGGAAGUUGAUCUUGAUGCUAAGAUCUCAACACCUAUUGAUGACAUUGCUGAGCGCUUAAAUCGCCUGAAAGAUCGUGGCUCAUCGGGUCAGACACCACCAAUAUCUGUAAAAGAUACCAAAGAAAACCUUCAAGCAAUUACUUUGGAUGAAAUUGCUCAGUUGCUUGCCCAGUGCAAAAUGGAAGCUAGUGCAAGUGGUAGACAACCUGAUUUAGCAACUGUUGUCAGCCUUGAGAAAUUGAGAACUCGUCUGAUUGAACAGAGUAAGGAAAAGCCCAAUUUAAGUUCUGAUGAAGAUGAAGAUGAUGACAAAGCAGCAGCUAAAAUUUUAUCACGGGUACAAGCUGAAGUUGACUUAGAACGGAGCCUUGGAGUUAAUGAUGGACCUGAUGAUGAAGAUGUCAUCAUGGAUGAGGGAAAUGAUCAAGAAGAACUACCUUGGUGCACUAUCUGCAAUGAAGAUGCAAAAAUACGUUGCUUGGGAUGUGAUCGUGACCUGUAUUGUAAGAGUUGCUUCCAGGAGGGUCAUAUAGAUGAGGAAAUGAGGUCUCACUCAUUCGAGCCCUACAAGAAAAAGUAGCCUUCCACAGAAAUGAAUCUAAGUUUCUUAGCACAAUAUUCUCUUAUCUACUCUCCAAGCUUGGUUGUAAGAUACUUGCUUUCUACUGAAUGAAUAUAGAAUGUGCACUGAUAUAAUGUAUUACAAUAGAUUGUGAUUAUCUACCAUUCCGAAAGUUUUGCAGUAUUCAUUAUAUUGAUAUUUUUUUAAGCUUUUAAAUAUUAAAGUAUUUGAAACCCUGUUGUUCUGAUAUGAAAGAUGUUAUAUGUCACAUGCCCCUGUAUUGUUUCUAAUGAAGAUUAGAAAUAAAAAUUCCUCACAAGUAAAAAAAAUCUGUGGGCGGAUAAAAUUUUGUUCAUUUUUCUCUUAGCUGAGCUAGUUAUUAUUGUGUGCUUUGAUUAUGCUUCACUGUGGCAAUAAUGGAAUAAUCUACUUUGAAGUAGUAGAGAGCAUGGCUUUAUAUCUUAUUUGAUACACACUUUUUCCUCUGAUAAAUUUUCUCUUGCCUUUACAAGAAAAUACAUAUUUACAUGUGUAAAAAUACUAGUCAGCAUGAGAAACCAUAACCAACUGUUAAAAAAUGUAAUAAACGGAUAAAGACACUAACAAACAAAAAA